AUGCGCUCCGAGAACCAGGCCGACUCCGAAGUUUCGGCUUCGGCGCCGGGGGUUGAGGAUGCGCAGAAGGAGAUGAGCCAACAGAAGGAGCUGGAAGCAAAGGAAGCGAAGCCAACAGAUUCUUCUCGAGUCUUCGCCAUUGGCGAAAAGGUCCGCUACUGGAGUGGGACCCACGCCAAAUGGGUCGACGCACAUGUGCAGCGCAUCAACUUGGGCCCUGCGGGUGAUCUCAUCUCCUAUGACCUCAGCGCCAAAGCACAGGCAGAGAUCUCAAGAGUGAAGGACGCCUCGACGCCCGAGGAUGCGCCACCGCCGGUGCGGCCUCUACCGCCAGCGGUUCCCCCCGUGGAGCGGGUGGUCACCCUCGCGCCUGUGGAGGUCGAGAAGUUCGAUCAGGAUGCCGAGGUGCAGUACUUCAGCGAGUCUCGAGAGCGCUGGAUCGACGCGGUGGUCUCUCGGCGCUGA